AUGCAACAACGGGAUGGAUUAGCUAUUGUAUUUUAUCCAACAUCUCCGUCAAGAAAAUUACUUCAAUUUCAUACUUGGAUAACGGAGUAUGACUUAAAAUAUCAUCACUCAUUUACAGAUACUAUUCCUACAGCAUCUUUUGCAACAAUUUCGUCCUCUCAAAAAACUCAGGAGGAAAGAAUAGGCAAAGAUGGUUUUAGUAAGGUUCCUCAUGAGCUUAUGAUGAUUAUUAUGGAUAAUUUGGAAGCUACCGACAUUCUUUCUUUAUCUAUGGUGAAUAAAAAGCUUAGAGCUCAUACUCAAGAUAACUAUCUAUGGCGCCAAAUUCUCAUAAGAAAUUAUGGAGAGUCCGUUAUCAAGGAUGAGCCAAAGCACACAAGUCGCAGAUUAAAAUGGAAAAGGACAAAACGUAACAAGCAACCACAAGUAGAGCCUAAUUGGCAGAAGAAAGUUCUUACAAAUAUUACUGAACAGCAACUGUUAAAGUCUCGACGAAAACUGCAAUUUCGCGAGGAAAGCCCGAUUGAGAUGACUAUUAGUAAUGUUCCACCUGGUGUUUAUGACAUCAUAUGGCGAAUGAGGAUUGACAAAUUCCUUUGUAGACCAGUAUUGACUUUUGCUACAGAUAUUUGGUUGCGUCAUGAUAUAUAUCUAAAUUCUUAUGAAAGGGAAUCAAAGUUCAAAUUUUCACCUGACCCGGAUAAACUCCAGGAAGUAUUUGACAAAGGAUGGUUUCAUAUUCGAUUACCUUACAAGAUUACAAUUGCUAAGAAAGAUCAAUUCGAUGACAGAAGGUAUCAAGUACAUACCGGUAUUUCUUGUUACGCUGAAGAUUUACCAAAAUCUAAAUCUUCUAAAGGUCCUUUUUCAGUGGAUUAUGUAUGUUUACGUCCCCACAUUCCAUAUGACCAUGUAGAAAAUCCACCAAUUAUUGAACAUUUAGAAAAUGAUUAUGAAAGUCUAUAUAGCGAUAACGAAUAUUAUGAUUAUGACGCACGAAAUGUUAAUGAUGAAAAUUUUAUCAUUUCUUCAAAGAGGAAAAAAAAAUUGAUCAAAUUUUUAUCUUGCAGUGCUGGUAAUAUGAAUUCCAAUAAGGACAGUCGUCUUUAUGGAAGUGUUAGCGCAUACACCACCAUAGAGAAUGAAAAUCGCCAUCGUAACACUUUGUAG